AUGAGGAACAUUACAGAAGCCAAUACAUUUGUCCUCAGGGGACUCACAGACAACACUAACCUUCAGAUCAUUCUCUUUUUCCUCUUUCUAGCAAUUUACCUUUUUACUCUAAUAGGAAAUGUGGGACUUAUUAUUUUAGUCAUUGGAGAUCCUCAACUCCACAACCCUAUGUACUGCUUCCUCAGUGUGUUGUCUUCUGUGGAUGCCUGCUAUUCCUCAGAUAUCACCCCAAAUAUGUUAGUAGGCUUUAUGUCCAAAAACAAAAUCAUUUCAUUUCAUGGUUGUGCAAUGCAGAUGUUCCUUGCUGUUACAUUUGGAACCACAGAAUGCUUUCUUUUGGCAGCAAUGGCAUAUGAUCGAUAUGUGGCUAUUCACAACCCACUUAUGUAUGCUGUUAGCAUGUCUCCUAGAGUGUAUGUGCCACUGAUCAUUGCUUCCUAUGCUGGUGGAAUUCUGCAUGCUGUUAUCCACACAGCUGCCACUUUCAGCCUGUCUUUCUGUCGGUCUAACGAAGUCAGACAUAUAUUUUGUGAUAUACCUCCUCUACUUGCUAUUUCCUGCUCUGAAACCUAUAUAAAUGAGAUUCUGCUCUUCUUCUUUGUGAGUUUCAUAGAGCUAGUCACCAUUCUGAUCGUUCUGGUCUCCUAUGCUUUUAUCCUGUUGUCAAUUCUGAAGAUGAAAUCAUCUGAUGGGAGGAGGAAAGUCUUCUCAACAUGUGGAGCUCACCUCACUGCUGUGUCUAUUUAUUAUGGCACAAUCCUCUUCAUGUAUGUAAGACCUAGUUCCAACUAUUCCCUGGAGCAUGACAUGGUAGUGUCCACAUUUUACACCAUUGGGAUUCCCAUGCUCAACCCCAUCAUCUACAGUCUAAGAAACCAAGACGUCAAAGAGGCUAUGAGAAGAGUUCUGAGAAAAAAACUUUCAUAG